AUGGUUUCACUGGGACAGACGUGGAAGAACGAGUUGGAUUCGGCAAUGGAUAUAACUUCUGUUGAUUCAGCCACUGGUGUGUUUGGUGGAAAAUACUGCAGUAAGGUUGGCGAAGCCGAGAAGUGGUAUGUGUUGACUGGUCGGCAAGACACUGCAGGGAAAACCCUGGGGUGGACAGUAAACUGGCAGAAUUCAACGCUCAAUGCUCACUCCGGAACGACUUGGUCUGGUCAAAUUCAAUUUCUUCCUGACGGGGACCCUGUUAUCAUUACCACUUGGCUACUCACCGCUCAGACCAAGCCAGAGGACAACUGGGAGUCUACCAUGGUGGGUUUUGAUCAUUUUUACCUCAAGGAGCCGCCACCUGAGAUCAAGGAGAAGGCUAAGCUGCACUGCAGAAGAAGCCAUCCAAAAGAAGCUUGA